UCCACCGAUCUCAGUUACGUUCCUUACGUUAAGUGUCUUUGGAGAAUGAAGGACACUAUACCAGCUCGGGUUACUUUAGCAAUUUUCUUAGUAGCAACAUUUAUCCACGGGCUAUGUGCGCAGAGCCCCGCUACCACACAGGCCACGCUGGACCAGGCAGCCGCAGGCCUCGAUAUCAAACUCGCCGUGUGGACAAACCAUAUACUCACCAACUCUCACAAGGUGGUUUUCCAGCUCGCCAACACAGGGAAGGUGCCCAUUCUCGUCGACGACGACUGGAGGAUCUUGUUCAGCAUGCGCGACGGCAAGACAACGACUCAACCCGAGUACGUUGUCCAUGGACUCCGAUUGAAGAAGUCGGACGGUUGCUUCUUUGAAAUCUCAAAGAAACCAGGUGCCAACCCAAAGUUUCCCGGUCUUAAGCCUGGUGACAAAUUUAUAAUAACCGUCGACAGUUUCACUGGCCUCUCUGUCUUCAAAUACGACAUUGACAACAAAUUCGUCAUCACGGCGAAUGACCUCGCUGCUCGCGUGAUUGCCAGCACCGCCAGCGAUGACCUCAACUUUGUCUUCCUGUCCCAAGACAACAAGACGCGUGAUGACCCUUCCUCUAUAGACCCUUAUGAACGUUAUUUGAUCGCCGCCGAGGUGCCGGAUGCAGGAAGGGUAGGAAGAAACGUUAUCGUCCCCGCUGCUAAGAACAUAUCCGAGAUGUCAGGGGCUCUAAUUGAUUUAAAUGAUACCGUAACCGUGUUCCUGUACUUCACGCCAACCAUCAGCAAUACCUUCCAGCAAUACGUUCAGAACGAACUGCUCACUGUCCCUGGAGUCAACCAACAAAAGCUUCGAAUCGUGAACGCUCCGUCAAACGCCGUUGGCGUGGGAAUCAACGUCAUCAUAGCGCCCGACGCAACAAAGACCAAGGACGGGUAUAAGUUCACCUCCGUCUUCGACCAGGCCGGGAGACAUACAAUAACCUUGACUGCCAAGCACGAAAGCGGUUUAUCGAACGCCAUGGAAACCUUCCUCUCCCUGCUGGGUAUCUACUCUGUUGUUCCCGCAAUCACCAUUGAGGACGAUGCCGACACCGGAAUCAGGUCUGUAAAACUCGAUGUGACCAAGACCUUCUUUCCGGUGACCACAGUCCUGAAGUUGUUGAGACUGAUGAAGAUGUACAAGUUCAAUGAGCUAGUUCUCGUGCUCGGAUCUGAUGACGCAAUGCGCGUGCCUCUAGUUAGCACAGCCGACUUUAAAGAGAUUGAACUCUUCGCUACCAACGAAUGCCUUGGCAAGACCAGCGCAGAGUGCAACCCAAGCUACUACAAGGCCUCGCAGGCUUAUUCCUCCCCCGGAAAGGGCAUGUACACAGUCGCAGACUUUGUCCGCAUAUUGACAUCCGCCAAAACACUCAGCAUCGAUGUGGUUCCGUAUGUGAACUUGAUCGGUUGCUUGCGAUCCGUAAAGAAGGCCUCGCAUCUUCGGUACGAGAGACUGAAGGCCAGUAAUCCAACUGAAGCCGAGCGACUUCAUCUGAUGUCCAGCGAGCCUACAAUCCCGACAACAGAUCUCCCCGUCGGAUCCUGCAAUGCUGACUGCAUGCUGGACCCUUGCAAUCCUGCAACACUGACCUUCGCCCAAGACGUGUUCGAUACCUUCAAAGAUCUUUACAGUAUGGCCGAUGUUCCCUUUACGAAAUUCAAUGCUGGCGGCGAUGGUUUUACCAAGUACUUUGGACAGUUUAGCAGUUGCACGGCCAAAGGAUUCGAUCAGGCUGGUGCAAUGCGAUACUUACUUGAGCAACUGAGCAUCAAGGCAAAGGCAAAUGGGGCUAAACUUCGUGUUAACGAGGAAGCCGUUAUUGACCCAACCACAGGAACAUGCAUAACAACAAGUUCUUCAUCCACAUAUACCCCCGAAGACCUCCAAGUCGAGUUCUCCAACCUAGCGCCCGGUGAUAUGGCCGACUGGGGCCUCACACCAGCUCAACUAGAGUUCCUAGUCAGUCAGGUGAUCCCUUACAACGAUAGCGACCCAAAAUCUAUCCAGGACCCUCUCCGCACUUUCAACGGACCUAAGAAGGGACUUGCGCCUUGGGGCAGAGCGUACAGCUGCGCAAAUAACGGUUAUAAGGUUAUUCUUAACCCUAGGAACUUCUUCCAUCUCGACAACGCAUAUGAACUCGACUUCGGCGAGUUGGGAACCUUCAAUAAGGACGGCUUCUUCGUCGUUAAUAAUUUCCGGUUGCAGACGUACGAGCCCCUGAACAUGCACAUCAAUAUGGACAUUUCCUCCACCGGUGGCACCUUCUUGCCCUACCGAUUCGCCCAGAUCUUCCGUACCGAACCUCUCACCAAGCCGGGCAAUGUUGUCGGUCUGGAGGCCAGUGUGGACACGAGGGUUAUCCGCACAGAGGAACAGCUUUGGUACGCGCUUCUUCCCCGGCUUCUUGUCAUCUCACAGAAGAUGUGGCGCCGAAGCGAGUUCGAGAACACUCUCCGGGUGGAGGAGCCCAAUACCUUGAUUGACUUAGCGCUCGCCGAGAGAAGGACCGCCAUUAUGCGGUUCGAGCUUCUCGACCUGAUUCACAAUCUUGGCUACAAGGAGUUCGGACGGCUGGAGGCCAAGGGUUACACCUACAGGAUCCCCAAAGUAGAGGCAUUCAUUCGGUUCGGUAUCGCUUCGGGUCAGCCCACUCCCUGGCCCCUGAUGGCCAAGGCGGACGUGCCCGGCACUGAGAUCGAAAUCCGAGAGAUCAACGGAAACACCACCGGCCCAUGGAGGGACAUGUUCACAGUCGAUCCCAUCACUGAGGGCAUCACGGGAGGUUACCUGUUCAACUUUCCGCCAGUCAAGGGUCAAGAGCAGAAAGUGGAACUCCGAACAAAGGCUUCUGAAUCCAACCGGACUUCUCAAUCCUACGUUAUCAGUGGAACUGCGGAGUAUCUGUUUCCGAGGGAAAUUCCACCUGAGCUGAGAAGCGGAGCCUGUCUGCCUAUCGAGGAGCCAUGGUUGACAGACAUCAAUACGCUGACGGAAGCCCAGUGGAAGCGGGUCAUCAGCAACAUGUACACGGUCGGUCAGGAGGAGACGCAGUUCAGUAUGGACCGACAGAGGAAUCUAACCAUCACCUUGCUUGAGUUCAACAGGCAGUUCAGGCGCAACUACAACGUGCAGGAAGUUCUCUCCGCCCUAGGGGAUAUGGCAAUACGGGGCCAGAACGUUACGGAUUUGCCGAACGAUGACGCCCGUCGGGUGAUCUUUGAUACGGACAUGGCUUUGCAGGCGAACCGGGAGAGGAUGGUUGUUGAGCGCUAUGCUCGAUGGGAGGAGGUCUACGAGAGAUGUAAGCGCGGACAGAGCCAGGUGUUGCCACCUGUGCAGAUUCCUCCAAUGGCCGCUGGAGAAGCCGAUGCCGUCCCAAAUAUUCCCGGUAGCGCUCCUGGUACUGCUCCCGGAGGCGCUCCAGGCCAGGUUCCGGUGGUGCCUGGAGGUGGUGUCCGACCUAUGCAGGGUUAAAUGAUUUAUUUUGUUUGCAUAUAUACAUUAUUGUGCUCCAUUAAUUUUUCGACAACACACAAUUUGUAAGUGCUGACUGUGUUGUCGAACUUAGAAACAUUCUUAAUAAUUUAAAUUCUUGUUUAGGAGAAUACGUGUGUAUGCUAUAAAUAAGGCAAUAAAUGACCAACGCAUUACUUACAAAGCUUACACGACAAUGGUGUGGUGUUUUCUUGUAGGUCCAGACCUUAAAUGUCCAAAGCAAGAAUUGAUAAAAGAAUGUUAUAAUAGUAUCGAAUUCAUAUUGUUUUGAUGUAGUUUUAGGCAUGUACACUGCUAGUUUUUUGUACAUGAAUAUGCCCUUUGGUUAAUUAAGUUAAUUUUGGUUUGUUUUGUUAUAUUAAUUAUAUGUAUCUAUUGUUUAAAAGUUGCAGUUUUCUGAAAAGAGAUACAGGUUUUUAAACAAUUCGUGGCAUCUCUUAAACGAGAUUUUGUAUGAUGGUUAAUAAAGGUGAAUACAAA